CCAACAUAUUUUCACUAGUUUAAAGAUGGCGACGGUGCUAUAUUGGUGUGCUGUUCCUGGCUGCCCGUCGAAAUACAGGAAGAAAAGUGAAAAUAAUGAGAAUUUUUUUCGUUUUCCAAACCCGGAUUGCUUAAAAGUGUUGCACAUGCAGAAAUUAGCAAGGAUUCGUUUGAAGAAAUGGGAGGCAGCCAUCCCUAAUCGUCGCACUGCAUCAAACCGCAUUUGCUCUAAGCAUUUUGUUACAGGAUGUCCAGCUGCUCUCACCAGUAUCAACGAUGUUGACUGGGUGCCGACGGUAAACCUGGUGGCAGCUUUUAGCGCCAAGAACAAGAUACCUCUUACCAACGAAAAACAACCGCUCAGAGAAAUGUAUGUGCCUGGCGUUCAACCUUCCAUCCUGCAAAACAUCAGCUUUCAGAAUGUAACCAUUCAGAGGACCCCCGUUCGUUGUGCAGUUCCCGCAAAUGAUGUUCUUUUCCACAGCGUAGAGAAGGGCUCGACUGUGCCAGGUAUGAAUCCAACCUACAACCUACUAGUCUAAUGCCGUUUUUCUUUUUGAACCUGGGUUGGUGCCGAAUGCAUAAACAAAUGUUUGUCCGGUCGAACCUGAAAUUUGUCUGACAUUGAAUUGUUUACGCAUUCAGCGCCAACCCAGUUUCAAAAAGAAAAACUACAUAAGAGUAGUUGAGAACGAUCUAUAACAUUCCCCAGAAUUCCAAUCUGUUGAAUGGACUUUGGUAGGGUUAAGGGCAGCCGCGGCUCAAUUUUUUUUACUUCGUCACUGAAAGUUUUUACACUUAAUUAUCUGAAGCUUUGGGAAGAUUCAUAAAUUA